AUGUGUUUUUCGGUAUUUUGUCAAGGUAGGGCUGCCUAUGAAAAUUUAUUAUUUCGUCAAGAUGCUGAAUUACGUUUAUUAGAGAAUAUGAAACGUUGUUUAUCAAAUAAAUUAAAAUGUGAUCGUGAAUAUGCAACAUCGUUAACAUCGAUUGUAUCGCAAGGUAUUAAAAUUGAACGUAAUGAAGAAUUAUCAGGUAGUUUAAUUGCAUCCGCAUGGCGUACAAUGUUAGAUGAAUUUGAAACAACUGGACAAGUUAUUAAACAGAAUGCGGAUUUUAUUGAAACAAAAAGUUUAGAGCGAUUAACAAAUAUGAUUGUGGAAAAACGUAAAGUGCGUAAACAAUUUCAAGAGGAAUAUAAUCGUAUUACACAACAAUUUAGUCAGAUAUCCGAAGAAGUCACACGGAAAAAAACCGAAUAUCGUAAAUAUUUAGAACAUUAUAAAAUGAUGAGAACUAGAUUCGAAGAAAUUUAUGUAAAAGCUGGACGAGCUGGUAGAAAAGUCGAUGACGUUCGAGAAAAAUAUCAAAAAGCAUGUCGAAAAUUACAUUUAACUCAUAACGAAUACGUAUUGUUAAUAUGUGAGGCAGCGGAAUGCGAAAAAGAUUAUCGAACAGUAUUAUUACCAGAUUUAUUCGAACAUCAACAAAAUAUACAAGAGACUUUUGUACAAACUUGGAAAGAAAUUUUACAAGAAAUUGCCAAAUAUACGGAUUUAACAGCUACACAAUUUAAAGAAAUUCAACAACGUAUAAAUAAUAGUUUAGUCAUAAUUAAACCUUCCGAAGAAUAUAAAAGUUAUUAUGAAAAAAAUAAAGUGACACCAAUAUCACCCGUUAAUUUUGAUUUUGAUGUAACAUUAGUCGAAGAUUCUGGUCAACUAUUAGCAAAUCAAUUAACAGUCGAUAAUUUAACUGUUGAUUGGUUACGUAAUAAAAUGCAAGAAUUAGAUACUCGAAUUAAGGAAGUACAAGAUAAACAAAGUGUAAUUCAAGCCACAACAGCAGAAAGUAUAGAUGGAAAAACAAUUGGAAUCCCCGAAACAUCCUCAAGAGCGGGAAGUAAUUGUUUGGUUGAUGAACCACCUAGACGAGAACUAAAUGAACUGCGAUGUCAUGAACGUAAACUUGUACGACAAGUUGAAUUAAUAAAGAUUGCCCUAAAUGAAUUGGGAUGUGAAGAGGCACCGGCCGGCUGUGAUAUACCAGUAGAACAUCCGUUGUGUAUUGAGGAACCAAAUGAUAAUCAAGAAAAUGGUUCUUCUUUAUCACAAAAAUUGUUAACUUUUAAUCAACAUCUACACAGUAUAUUCAAUAAACAUAGACCAUUUAAAUGGAAAUCUGUUCCAUCUUCUCCAGUGGCAACGGCACGUAAUGUAAAUCGAGCCGAUUCUGUUCCACAAAUUAUAAAUGAGAAUAAUGAUGAUAAAGUCAAAAGUGAAAAUGGUAUACGGUCUUUGGGCACUGAAGAAUGGUUUCAUGGUGUUUUACCACGAGAUGAAGUUGUACGUUUAUUAACACAAGAAGGCGAUUUUCUUGUGAGAGAAACAUUACGAAAUGAUGAAUGUCAAACAGUGGUAUCAGUAUGUUGGAAUGGUGGCCAUAAACAUUUUAUUGUUCAAACUACGUCCGAGGGUCUUUAUCGAUUUGAAGGACCUUCAUUUCCUACAAUACGUGAAUUAAUAUUAUAUCAGUAUUCAAGUGGAAUUCCAGUAACGAGUCGAUCGGGUGCAAUAUUACGUCAACCAAUAUCGAGAGAGAGAUGGGAAUUAAAUAAUGACGAUGUUCAAUUGUUAGACAAAAUAGGACGAGGAAAUUUUGGGGAUGUUUACAAAGCACAAUUGAAGGAUACAAAUCAAGAGGUAGCUGUAAAAAUAUGUCGAACAACAUUACCCGAAGAACAGAAGAAGAAAUUCUUACAGGAGGGACGUAUAUUAAAACAAUACGAUCAUCCAAAUAUUGUAAAAUUAAUAGGAAUUUGUGUUCAAAAGCAGCCUAUUAUGAUAGUCAUGGAGUUAGUUUCAGGUGGUUCUUUGCUAACAUUUUUACGAAAUCGCUCUGACAGUCUGCAACAACAUAAAUUAUUAGGAAUGUGUAAAGAUGUGGCAGCUGGUAUGUGUUAUUUAGAAUCCAAAAAUUGUAUACAUAGAGAUUUAGCUACUCGAAAUUGUUUAGUUGGAACUAAUGAUAUGGUAAAAAUAUCUGACUUUGGAAUGUCGAGAGAAGAAAAAGAGUAUAUUGUGUCUGAUGGAAUGAAACAAAUUCCAAUUAAAUGGACCGCACCAGAAGCUUUAAAUUUUGGUAAAUAUACAUCACUUUGUGAUGUUUGGAGCUAUGGUAUUUUAGCAUGGGAAAUAUUUUCAAAAGGUUGUACACCUUAUCCAGGCUUAAGUAAUUCUACUGCUAGAGAACGAAUUGACGCAGGAUAUCGUAUGCCAGCACCUGAUGGAACUCCAGAAGAAAUGUAUCGAUUAAUGUUACGAUGUUGGGAAUAUCAGCCAGAAGGUCGACCACAUUUUGCAGAAAUCUAUAGUGUUGUUGAAAUUUUAUAUAAUGCCUUAAGAUAACUAUAAUUAUUGUCAUAUAUUUACAAUUUAUAA